GUACCUCGGGAAAACACAUCUGCAAGCUGGCCGCCAGGCGGGACCCCGCGCGGAACCCCUCGCGGCACCCCUCGCGGCAGCUUCCUGAGGUCUUCAGCGAAGCAGGUGUCCGUGGCCUUCCAGGACCUGGCCGUGAGGUUCUCCGAGGAGGAGUGGCAGCUGCUGGGGGAAGGGCAGAGGACGCUCUACCGCGACGUGAUGCGGGAGAACUACGAGACGCUGCGCUCCCUGGGGACAGAUGAGCUGCUCCCCCUCUCUGCCUUCCUGUCUCCUACGGAGCCUGGAGGAGCCAUGGAAGGCAGGAACUACGCUGGUGAGGGGCAGGAGCCUCCUAGGGGAGGAGGCCCCCUGGGAGGCGCACCCCCGCACAGCCUGCACCUCACUGCCCUGGUGCAGCUGGUCAAGGAGAUUCCGGAGUUCCUGUUUGGGGAGGUCAGCCCGGAGAGUGAGAGUGGGAGCGGGGCAGUCAGCCUGGAUGGGGAGCGGGGGAGCCCCGAGGCAGCUGUGACUGUGGAGACUUGCCCUCUCCAAGGCCUGCUCGGCUGCCUUCCAAACACGCCUACUGGCUGGCCCCACCUGGCCACCACAUCUAGCAGCGGCUCAUCGUCCAGCAGCCUGCCUGGAGCCGGGGGCCAGGGGAGCCCCGUCACCAUCAAAACUCCUGACAAACCAAGACCUACAGAGAAGGAAGGCCCAGAAGCCCCAGGUGGGGAGCCCAACCCUCCUACCUAUAGCCCCAGCAGGAAGAAGGGCCACGGAAGACAGGAGAGAGGGACCCUGGGGACAGGUGCUGUAGGAAUCUCUCCUGGGAGCAGCCCCUUGCAAGGCCUUAUCAACUGCCUGAAGGAAAUCCUUGUGCCUGGACCCCAGCAUCCUGAGGUGUCCCGAGGCUUGCUGCCUCCUGUCCCCGGCCAGGGCACCUCUCAGCUAACCGGAGCAGAGCUGGGGCCCGAGAGCCCACCCUGGGCAGUGAAGACAGAGGCAGCUUCCGGGGCUUGUCCCCUCCAGGGUCUGCUGAACUGUCUGAAGGAGAUCCCAGAGGCCCAGCACAGGCAUCCUAGCCCCUCAGGAGUAGGGGACCCACCACUACAGGAGGACCCAGGGGCCUGCCAAAGGAAUUCUGGAGGGCCCAGACCCCUGCAGACCCCUCCUCCCGGGCCUGGUCCAGGAGCUGGCAGCGUGCCCUCUGUGGUGAAGAUGGAGGACGGCUGGGCCCAGAGCCCCCCCGUGCCUGUGUCCUGUCAGCUCCGCAAGUGGACCCACAGCCCCUCUGCCGCCAGCAGCCAGGGGAGCGAUGGAGAGACCAGAGGGGCCCGAGUGCCCAGCUGGGGUCCCAUAGCUCAAGCCGGCAGUGCCUCGAGCUCACCCCUGGAAGCCCUGGAGGCCUGUCUGAAGGGCAUUCCCCUGAGUGGGUCGUUACCUCCCCAGCCGCCGGCCACCUCUGGAUUCCAGAGCCCUCAGCCAGGAGACCCCGGGUCUCAGAGGCCCGAGCUGCAGCCCUGCAGAUCACACAGUGAAGAGGUGACUGGGGGGCCUUUUCUGGCUCUGAGUCUGCAGGGCUGUGUGAGAGGCAGCCCUGCCCUCCCCUCAGGUCCCCACAGCACCCCUCCCAGCUUCUCCUCAUCCAGCAGCACCGAUGGGGACCUGGAUUUCCAGAGCCCUGGGGGCAGCCAGGGGCGUCCGCCUGGAAAAGGAAGCCCAGUGGGAAGCUCCCCGCUCCAGGGCCUGGAGAACUGUCUCAGAGAGAUACCUGUGCUCAGGCCGCAGUCAGCCUCGUCCUGGUCCUCAGCAGGGGACAGGGGGUCCCAGAGAGCAGAGCCCAAGAAUUGGACUGCAGACAAGGAAGGACUGAGAGGCGAGGCCUGUGAGCCAGCUCAUCUGGGACAGAGUCCGGGGGAAGCACCCACCAGGAGCUUCCGGCUGGCCAGCCCCCAGGCGCUCACCUCCAGCAGCGUCCCCAUCUGCUACCAGCGAGGGCUCAAAGACCAUGGGGCCACCAGGCCGGGGCCGUGGAGGUGGCUCCAAGAUGGCGCAGCCACAAAGCCCUCCCCACUCCACUGUCUGGAGAACUCUCUGAAGGGGAUCUUGCCUGGGAGGCCCCUGCGCUUCGCCUGCUUGGCAGGCCCCAGCCCCAGCCCCAGCCCCAGCCCCAGCUCCAGCUUCAGCAGCUCAGAAGGAGACGAGCUCUGGCAGCUGCUCCCUCAGGGUGAGUUUGCAGGGGACAGAGGAGGCCAGGGAGCCAUUCCCUCCCUCGUCCCGGGGUGCAGCUGCUGCCCUGACACCAGCUUUGUGUUGCCAGAGAGGGACCGUCUUCCUGGCUGCAAGGCUCCUGGCCCUCUGUCCCCGCGCCCGGGCAGCGCCCCCACCGGCAGCAGCCCUGGUGAAGGCCCAGGGAGAGCAGAGCCCGCGGACCACUGCAGGCUCAGUGCAGGAAAAGCAGAAGAGAAGACAGGGGGCAGGUCCCAGUUGCCCUGGAGAGACGUGUACUCAGAAACUCCGGGCCGGCAAGGCCCCCUGGGCAGUGCUGGAGGAGGGGCAGCUGGGAACCCCUGCCCUGCGCCUCAGCCAGAGAAGAGGCCUGGUCCGGGGCCCUGCCAGCCUCUUGGAUCAGCCCCUGGGCCCCUGUCCUGGAAGCCCAGGGUCAGUGAAGAAUCCAGGGGUCCAGGGUCUGGAAAUGGAAGACCAAGUGUUGCAGCCGGGACCCCUGGGAAGCCACUUCCCAGAGGCCUGCCUGAGCCGCCCCCUGCAGCUGCCAUCCGUCCGGCUUUGCCGCAGGCGCCCCCCCAGCCGUGCCCCUGCGGAAGCUCUGUGCAGCCCGAGCUCCGCAGCCUUGGCACCGCCCUCUCGGAGAAGCUGGAUCGGCUCGCCGCGGCCCUGGCAGGCCUGUCUCAGGAAGUAGCCACCAUGAGGACCCAGGUGGAUCGGUUAGGGAGGCGCCCUCGGGGCCCUGGGCCAAAGUGCCAGGCUUCCUGGCCGUGGGCCCCCUCCCGGGGACCUCGCUGGGCCAAUGGCCCUGCUCACAGACACCUCCCCUACUGGAGACAGAAGGGCCCCACCAGGCCGAAACCAAAGAUCCUGCGUGGUCAGGCGGAAGGCGGCAGGGCUGGUGACGUCUUAGGCCUCUCCUGCCGAAGGUUCCGCCCGGUAUCUCAGCUGCCUCCAGAUGCCCCCACGGCAGAACCUUCUGGGCCCAACUCCAGCCCUUCCCAGCAGCCGCUCUCAGCACGCAGCUGCCGUGCCGUGGUGCCUGUGCAUGCUUCCCUUGGACACACCGGGGGUCACCGGAGUCCCCCCACCCCUUCAGUGCCUACUGCUUUACCCCCGCAGAUGGCUUCUGCGGCCAGGGUAGAUGCAGAGCCGCAGUUUGCAGCCGCGGUGCCGCCUGGGGCCGGCAGCCAGCCCAAGGAUCCAAACAGCCUGAUGGCGGGGGGCCAGAGAGCUCUUGAGGAGCAGCUGUGGGGCGGGGAACACAGCGCGCCGAGGUGGGGGGCCCCUAACCACCUUCUUCAUCAGCUCAGUCCUGCUGAAGCUGUCCCGAGCCUGGCCACUUCUCCUAGGGGCUGUCCUGCACCCUUACCCUGCUCCAGCCGAAACUUCCCCACUUCCGGGCCGUGAAGGGGCUGGGAGUUCCGCCUUGGCCUGAGCACCCCGACUCCAGGACGCUUUUCGCUCAGGGAGGCCGCUGUUUGGGGUGCAUUUCUCAGCCACGCCUCUGGUCUUCUUGGCUCAGGUUCAUUCAGAUGCUGCUUCCCCGUCCUGUCCUUUCCCCUGGAACUGUCCUAGCUUGCAGGUGACUGGAGUGCCCGCACGCGUGUGUGCGCCACGUUCGCCUGGGCACUCCAGCAGCUGCAGAGGGACCACGAGCACCCGCUUCCUAGCAUCUGCGCUUCCUGAUCUCAACACUGAGGAGGGCUUGGCCCUUGCUUUCCUGGUAAAUCGGGGGCAUGGGUUUCACUUGGAGAGGACCCUGCCCCUCGGCUGAAGCUGGAUUUGCCCGUGUACAGGAGAAGUGGGGGCCUGAGGGAAAGGCCCUCGGCUCCUAGGAAGGGGCCCCGCGGGGCCGGACCAGGGCCGCCGUUGGUUCUCUUAGCAGGACAAGUACCUAGUCGGCUCAGCUGCCUGCCUCUCCACACCCUCGAGAGAACUCCGCAGUGUCCUGGAAGGCUGGGAAGAUCAGCUGCGGAACAGAAUUCCCAGAUGGGUCCUUGGAAGAGCCCCACACGUUAUACUGUGAGCACAGACCGCAGACCACAGACUGGGCGGCGUGAACAACACACACUCUCACAGCCUGGAGGCCAGAGUCUGGGGUCAGGGUGGUGGCUAGGCGGGUUCCUACUGACGCAGUGAGGGAGAGUCUGCCCCAGGGCUCCCUCCUGGCUUCUCACUGGUCAUCUUCAUGGCCACAUGGCUUUCUCCCCGAACGCGUGCAUCCAGAUUCCCCCUUUGUGUAGGGACAGCGUCGGACUGGGCCCGCCCCAGUGCCCUCACUGUGACUUGAUCACCUCUUUAAAACCCUGUCUCCAAGUAAGGUCAUGUUCUUAGGUACUGGGAGUUAGGACUUCAACAUGGAUUUCAAACCAUAACACGUGUAAGGGACUAGGUUGGUCUUCUUGAGUUCGUCUUGGGAGGAGAGGCAUGACUACUAAGGUGUCUCCAGGCCAGAAGGACCUGCUCUGGGCCCCACCCCACUCGGUCGUAUAUUGGGAGUCCUGCCUGUGGCUUACCUGCCUCAUGUCCUUCCCCAGGCUCAGAUCUUUUCCCCUAGCCUAAUGUUCCCACUUUCGUCCUUACUGGAUGUGAAGAAUCUUCAGGAACUGUGCGCACGUUGUCCGGGAGGGGCCACCCGGCCGGGCUGGCAUGGUCAGCUCGGCAGUCAGGGAACCCAGGUGCCAGUGCUGAGGCCCAGGCCAACUCGGGCCCCAAAAGGGGCUAUAGGCUUGCGGCUGUCGUGCCCGCUGCAGAUCCCGGGACACAUGCAGGGCUGGCCUGCGCUCCUGGCUGCCCCUCCGGAGGGAAGGGGGAGGGGCUGGGCUGCCCGCCGUGAGCGGCGGGGUGGUUGCCGUGUGUUCAGGACUGAGUCCCAAGAGGACUGUCUCGGAAGCUAAUGUCUAGAAGAUCAUGUCACUGGAUGUUUAAAAGAGGCAGUGUCUUCACAUGUAGCCAUACUUGAUAAGAACAUAAGGAACAAAAAACUUCUAGACUUUCCACUCAAAGACCUCAGGAAGAUGAGUGAGUUCUUUUUCGGGCUUCAGUGAGCGAGGGCUGGGCACGUGUCAGAGCCCGUGGAGAGGGGAGGACAGGGCUGCGGGGAGGGGCGGAGGGUGCUGUCAGUAGGAGGAGGGUUCUGGGCACCCCUGCUCAGCCGUCCCUCGGUCCUGCCCACUGGCCUCCUGUCCCUUCUCCCCCUAGUCAGCAGCGGUCAUGGAGGUGGUCAACACCUACCUUUGAAUGGCAUUUUAAGGUUUUGUUUGGUGGACUUCAUGAAUAUCGGGCAUCACACAGACCCUGUGCAGCAGGAGUGAAGGAGCAAAUGAGCUCAGAGGGCAGAGGUGACCUUGAAUUUGCAGAGCCUGUCCUUGGCAGAGCCUGCAGGAGCACUGCACCCCUGUUGGUGCUUGGCAGCCGGGCUUGGGCCCUCACCCGCUGGGUGACCCUCCUUCCAGCCUUCACCUGCGCUGCAGACAAGGAUGCUCAGGGCGAGCCCAGUCUCGGUGGUCCACAUCCAAUCCGACCAUAUAGGAAGCUCAAAUCUUUUUUUUGUUGUUGUUAAGAAUGUGGAAAACAAAUAAUAAAAUGAAUGGUAAGAA